AAGAUUUUCCAAGUCACAGUGACAGUAUUACAGCUCCAUGUGGAGUGCAAAGUAUCUCAUUACAUUUUGAGAGAGAAAAUACAUGUAUUAAGAAGGUGUUUGUCAGAAACAUUUAAUACAGUAAGUGAUCAAAGGAGGAAGAAUAGAAGUACACAGAGGAACAUGGUCAUCACAGACUGUCUAUGGAUUUUGUUGAUGAUUACUGUCCAUUUGGUCGAUGUCUCACUCUCGGACUGUAAAUUUCCUGUACACAAAACAGAGCGAGAUCUGCAGAAACGCAUACAACCACUCGUGGGAAAAACCUUCAGAGGCAAAGAUGCAUCACAAAAAUAUGACUAUUUCUUUGGUGUGUGUACAGAAGCUUUAAAUACAGUAUCUGAUGGUGGAACAUAUGGACUCUUACAACAAGACUUGGAAACAAACAAGUUUUAUAAAUUAGGAAAAUAUACAAAUACAACAAUCAUAUCAGGAGGCGAUUGGAUGAUCUUGGAGUACUUGGAUGGGGAGGUGUAUCAUUCACACUGUGGUUCUGAGCCUCGUAGGGGGCGUGUCAUGUUAAACUGUGAUCGUAGUGUUAGUGUAGGGGAAGAGGAUCUGAUUGUUUUAGAGGAAGAGAACAACAAAACUCAGGAUUGUUUCUAUUUAUUUGAGAUGAAAACCAGCGUGGUGUGCCCCGAAAUAAUCACCGUCAGCCUCAGUGUGGGCACCAUUCUUAUCAUUGUGUUUCUCUGUGUUGUGUCAUUGUAUCUCGUUUUGGGAUGUGCAUACAUGAGGUUUGUUCUUCAUGCCAAAGGAAAAGAACAGUGCCCUAAUUAUGAAUUCUGGCAGGACUUUGGAAAUCUUCAAGCUGAUGGCUGCAAUCUGGUGUGUCGGUCCAAGCAGCCCCCAGGGUCCCGGUCAUAUAAAGGCAUCGGUGAUGACCAGUUGGAGGGGGAUGAUGAGAGAGAUGACCAUCUCUUACCCAUGUGAUGUCCAAUUACUGACCAAGCAGUCACAUAUCUUUUAUGUGUAUAGUGUUAAAGGUUUUCACACAUUCCUAGCUUUUCAAUGCAUUUGAGAAGUUAAGCAUGAUGGUUAUAAUAAUCAACAAGUAUUAUAAACUGUAAAUGUGGAUAUUUAUAUAAAGGGAAAAUGUUCAAUGGAUUCACUGGUUUUACACAGAAGCUUAUAGCCAUGUUAAAUUUCCUUGUAUUAUGGUAAAAAAAAAAAUAUGCUUUUGAUAAAUGGUAGCUGUAAAUGCAGGAUCAUUAAAAGCAAACUUUAUCCAUAUGAUAAAUAACCACUUUUACAGUAAUUUGAGGAUAACUUUUCUUCACCAUAAUUUUUGUGUGAAAUGAAUUAUCCUUGUGAAAUACUUGAGUAUAGUUUAUUUUUCAAUUUAAGUUAAUCCCUUUCCAAAGUUGAAGCUUUAGUGUGUGGUAUAAGUUGUCUAUUUUACAAAAUAUGUUGCAAGUCUAAAACUGCAUAACAAAAAAAUAAUGCAUCAUAAAUAAAUAUUCUCAUAAUAAUGUGUUUCAGCAGGGCUGGUCAAGUAGUUGUAACACAUUAAGAAAUAUAUUGUAAAUGUGAGUUAUACAUGUAAACAAAUACUCAGUAUGGAAAUUAUGUACAUGUAAUGAGGUUUGUGAAAUUACUUUCAACAAUUAAUUAAAUCUAAAAAUUCUGAAGAUUUUAAGAUCAGUCUUUGUAUUUAUUUCAUGUGUUGAUGAAUAAUCUUUUACAUGAGAUUCAAGUCAAAGUUUUAUGAUUGUGGAAUAGAUAACUAAUUUCUGAAAUGUUUAUAUGGUUUGAGCAGACAUUUAGAGUUCUUUCUUGUUUUAAGUUAUCGAUUGUCAUUUUUAAGUGUGGCAUUUUUGAAUGAAUUCUAUACAGCAGUGCACUUUGGAUGAUUGCAAAAUUGUAUUUUUUUUAUAUAAGCCUUUAUGUAGUGCUUUGGAGUUUAGUGCAAAAAAAGUGUAAGAUACAUUCAAUAUAUUUAAAGAGUGAUUAAGUUUAACAUUGCAUGAUUGGGUUCCAACAACUUACGCUCGCCAUUCCUUACAAUUGAAUGAAUGUGUACAGGUGAAAACAAGGUGCUUUGAUAGAUUAAUCCUCCAUUUUCUGUUCGCUUGGAUGUGGUUUGUAUAAAAUGAAUAAUUUAAAAUUAUUCCUCCAUGAGUGGAAGUCUUGAACAAAAGAUGUGAGAAAUUUCUGUGUAAAUACUCAUUCAGUAAGUGCUGUGUAAAGAAAUGUGCUAUCUUUAUAUUUUAUUAAAGAGUUGAUAUUUUUUAUGUGUAUGUAUGGGUGUAUUUUUUGGUCUAAAAACUUGAUUCUUUAAAUGUAUAAUUUAAUAAUAAAUAAUGAUUUGUA